CACACUUAGAACACACAUUUACAUCUACAUCUACAUCUACACAUACACAUACACAUACACGUACACAUACACAUACACAUACACCUAAGCACAACAUCCAAUUCAUAGACAUCCAGUAUUAUCACCCUCUCCCCACUCUUUACCAUAAACAUCGCGCGUCUAUUGUAUCAUACUGAAGAAGCAACUCGUGCAGAUUACUAUCGCUUGAGGGGUAUGUGAUCAAACUUGCAGGAAUUGUAUUAGCCUGAAAGGGCGAAGACACAGUUUGCGGAAGCACAACGUUUCAAGGCACGCAAGCACAAUGGGAUCAGGAGACAAAAAGAAGUUCGAGAAGGGCACAAUCUUGCAAACGGAUUCAGCAUCGCUGAUCGCCUUGGCUGCAGAGGUCGCCAAGCACGAUGAAAAGUUCCAAAGGAUCAAGGCAGCUGGUGGUAUCAGAGCACCCAGGUCCAUCAAGAAACCGACUGUAUGGCAACGACAGAACCCAGGACUGGCUAAGCGUGUUCAAAAGCAAGAUGCUAUGUCCCCGACUGAAGCUGAUCCAGAGGGAGAAUCCGCACGGAGGGUAGCAAUGGAGCGUAAGGCGAAGAUGUAUGAGCUGUUAAAGCGCGGUGAGGAUGUGCCAGAUCGACUGCGUGAGGAAUUGUUGGUGGAAUUCGAAUAUAAGAAUCGAGACCGCCUAAGCGAUGAGAGUGAUAGCGAUGACGGUGGGUACAGAGGUAGGAGUAGGAGCAGGAGUCGGGAGAGAGAGUUCCGUGGUAGAAAGAGGCAAGAUUGGGAGAGUGGACGGCGUAGGAGUAGGAGUAGGUCGAGUGAUUGGGAUAGGGACGAAUCUCUAGUGGUGGCAAGAAACCCGAAAGAUCUUACGAAAGAUCCAUGGGUCGAACAUAUAGAUGAGUUUGGGAGGACAAGACUCAUGCGCCAGUCUGAGAUACCUCGGCCAGAAACUGUCCGGGAAGAGGAAGCAAAUCACGUCCAAGGGAUUCACAAUCCUGCGAAUCCGUUCCCUAUCUUUCGGAAGCAAGACUCGCUCGAUAAACAGGAGUGGAUCCGAGAUGCGACAGGAGAAUUGACGAGGUCCGGAAGUCAGAAUGUAGCUCCAGGGUACUCGUUGGCGAACACGACGCGGCAUUACGAUAACGCAACGGAGAGGCGAGCGCGCGGCGUGGGAUUUUACGCGUUCUCGCAAGAUGAUGAGGAGCGUGCGAAACAGAUGCGCGAGUUGCGGGAGAUACGGUCAGAGACUGAGAACAGGAGAGCACAGUACAAAUCUUUGCAGGAUAGGAGGAGGGACGAGAUCGUGGCGCGGAAAAAGAUCAUUCAGCAGAAACGCCUCAAGUCCCUGGCAAGCACGAUCACCGUUGCUUCAACAUGACUCAAUUGAUAUGAUAUCAAUAAAAGCCGGUUACAAACAAC